AUGCGCGACGGCAGGCCGCCCUCCCACUUCUGGGGACGCGACACGGUCGACAUCUACAGCGCGACCGGCGCAAACCUAGCGCGCAUCCCGAGCGCGUUCCUCACGCAGUCCAAGACGAACACAUGGGCGUACAUCCUGGACAUCGUGGCGCGCCGGUGCGGCGUGGACUUUAGUCGCGCCGCGCCGAGCGUGCACGCCGACGACGGCAACGGCGCGGCGGUGGACCUGGACUUGGACGCACCGCCACAGGCAGGAAGCUACACGCUCGGCUGGCGCGCCGGCGGGCUCGGCGCACUGGGGCUCGUUCCCCAGGAAGCUGAGUUCUACGCGCCCCCGCCCCCGAUGGAGAGGGAGUUCCGCUCGGUCCACUCGUCGGAUAUGGGCAGCGCAGGCACGUUCCUCACGACCGAGUCGGACGACUUCUACGUCGCCGUCGCGGUGCGUGGCAAGGGCCGAUGCGUCGUGACGGGCCGAUCGCGCCUCGCCGAGCCGACUUACCUCGCGUCCAAGGGUCUCAGCGGGAAAGAGCUGACGAACAUUGCGCGCGUGCGCAUGUGCUCCCCCAACCACCCAGCUAACGGGGUCAUGCUUGACCGGCACUUGGCGGCAGAGUACGCGAAGCACAACUUUGCCUUCUACCCCCUCGGCGGGGCGAGCGAGGGGACGAUUGAGGGGGGGAAGGAGGGAGAGGAGGAAGAGGAGAAAGAGGAGACUGUCCGGUCCCGACUGGGAGCGGCCGUCUAG